AUGGCCACCUCAACUUACGAAGCGUCGUACAAGAAAUAUUUUGGCGACAGAUUCGACAACAUCACCAAAAACUCUUCAGAUGAAGAAGUUCGCAAUCUUUAUGAUAAGUGGGCAGCCGAUUAUGAUAAGGUAUCAAUAAUCUCCUUAAGCUACAACCACGAUAAAAACUCUUGGGACAACCUACUCACUUUUACACACAUAAGUAUCUCAGUCACUUCUUCAGGUACUAGUACAAAUCAAAAAAAAAAAUAAAAUAUAUGCGCCGUUAAACAAUAGCCAUAAUAACAGCCUCAGAAAUCGUACGAAUAGGAUAUUCUACGAAAACAUCUCCAGAUCGAUCGGUCAAUCUUUUCCUACGGGACCCUUGCCAUGAAUUUUUUUCUGUCAGGGACGUAGAAUGGGACGCCAAGGUAACAAAAUGACUGCGCUUGAAUUUCUAAGCUUUCGCAUGACGCAGCAUUUACAUAGUGACCAAGCGAUCUGUCAUGUAGGUUUAAAAAGUGCCUCAUUUUGGGGAAUUUUGCUGUCUGAACAGUUCUUUUAUUAGAAGAAGUAUUACUUAAAUGUCUAUAAGAUCCUGGAGAGACUAACUUAUCUCUUACCUGAAUGAUUCACACUGUCGAGGUAGAACUCAUAGACAGAUGUUUCUGUUGGUUUUGGGCUGCCAUGUUGGUGCCCAUCCGAAUGGGUAGCAACGUGGCGUCUCCAUACAAAAGCCCUAUAAAUUUGGGAAAACAUUUCUCCAAAUAUCCCAAAUACGUAAAAUUGCACUGACCUGAAUCUUGGCGAGGGUCUUUGCAUAUUUAUUUCCUUUCAUUUCUCUGAUUAUGGACGUAAUUUAUCGAACGGUCUUGAUUUAUCAUGGUUUCAAGGCAUGACAGUGAAAAUUAGUAAUACGCAAUAACAGCGUCUUGUUUAAACCAAGAGAGGAUAAAGCUCAGAGAACGAAUCCCCCCAUACAGGCCUUAUACCCGUCGUAAUCCCUCUAAAGAUGUUUUUAGAUCUAUAUGUGGAUUCGUUUUCUGAGCUUUAUCCUCUCUUGUUUAAACUUACCUAGGGAUACAUGUUGCAAAACGAAAAUUGGACUCAACAACAUUGACGACUUUAAAUUCGUAUUUCUAAUUUUUAAUUGCAUGUCCCUUUAAGGAAACUGCCAAAGCAGGCUCGUGCUACCGCAAACCGCUCGCUGAAUGCCUGGAUGCUGCCUUGAAGGAAGCUUUUCCCAACACUCUAAAAGAUCAACUGAAAAUUCUCGAUGCUGGAGCUGGAACGGGGAUGACAGGGAUCGAGCUACACAAGCUUGGCUAUACUGAUAUCCAGGCCCUAGAUAUCUCACAAGAAAUGCUGAAUAUUGCUAAAGAGAAAGGCGUUCCGUACAAGAGGUUUGUCUGCACCCCACUCACAGAGCAGAGUAUUGAGGAGUUUGAAACAGGAGAGUUUGAUGCCUUGAUUUCCGCUGGUGUCCUGGUAAAGGCUCAUGUUCGUCCAGCGGCUUUUGUGGAGAUCAUCAGGAUGGUGAAAACCGGUAAGACUGGUUUAAGUUGCGGUAAAAUAGGCAGUUUGUUUUGUUUUGCAAUUUGUUUGGAAUCAAUGUUGCACAACGAGUUGGAAAGUGAUGUUGCGUGUUGUACUACCCACUUUCAAUUCCCUCUACAAAAAAUACAGCUGCAAGUUGCGUGAAUACUGCCUUUUGAUUAGAUAAAAUUAUGCGGGAGUCUCGUGUUACCCGGAAGUUGCAUCACCGACUUGCUGCAAAACAAGUCUUCCUUGGGCUGGUAAAACGAGAAACGUGUACAGAUUUUGUUGGGUAGCUACUUUCUCCAACAACUUUUCGCAACUUGCAACAAUAUGGUUUGUUGCCAGGCAGAUUUCCUUUGCAGGUGGUAAAAUGCACAAGAUCACCAUUGAACUCUUUUAGCAGCUAUGUUGCAAACAAAUUGCGCGUUUUUGUUGCCACCAGCAUCUAUUUUCUCUAAACUGUUUUCCAUACAUUUCCUUUAUUGCUGGAGAAGAGAAUUUGUUCAACAAUCAAGACCUUUUUCACUUGUCGAUCAUUUCUCUUUUUCUAAAAACCUUCAUGUUUUAUUGGGCAAACUAUUGAUUUUUGGGUCACUCUUAAAUUGGUGGUUUAAGGGGUAAAUCAAAUAUGCCAGCAUUCUUCCUACAAGUUGUUUUUUUUAACUGGUUUUCAAUUUUAUCGUUUAUAGGUGGACUUGUCUGCUUUUCGCUUCGGUAUAAUGAAGUAGAUGACUACCAACCGAAGAUGACGGAGCUAGAGGAAGCUGGAAUAUGGGAAAAACUCAGCAGCAAGAAAAUAUCUUACUUCGAAAGUAAAGAUUUGCCGAGUGACGCCUUUGGCUUCGUGUACAAAGUUUUAAAAAAAUGA